AGAAUAACUUUCAAGAUAUUUGGGUGAAAAAACUUAUAUCAACUUGGAAGACGUACUCAAAUAACAUACUUGGAGAUGAAGAGCAAAAGUUGGUGUGUCUAGUAAUUUGGCCAGCUUUAAGCAAAGGUCUCAUCUCUGGGAAAUGGGAGUGCCUAAGAGAAGAUAUCACAUGCAUAGUGGAUGGGAAAUCUGAAUGCAGGGAAGCCUGUGCUGCUGACAGAGGGACCUGGGUGUCCCAUCCACAGGAGAGGAAAGUCAGCGUGUGUGGACAGCCAGCUCUUGAAACGAGCCGGCUCUGCUUGACCUGCUGUCAUGCAGAUCCCCACGCUGCUCUUCCUUUCUCUGCUACCACUUAGCAUGUUGGACCAAGCUGGAGCUCAGUUCCCUCGUCAGUGUGCAACUGUUGAGUCCCUGAGGAGCGGCAUGUGUUGCCCAGACUAUUUCCCUGUGUUCGGGCCAGGUACUGACCGGUGUGGUGUGUCCACGGGAAGGGGCCGGUGUGUGCAGGUGACUGCGGAUUCACGCCCACACGGCCCACAGUACAUCCAUGAUGGGCGGGAUGACCGUGAGCAAUGGCCCAUUCGCUUCUUCAACCAAACCUGCCGGUGCAAUGGUAACUUCUCUGGCUACAACUGUGGGUCAUGUCGUCCUGGCUGGACUGGACCUACCUGUAGCCAACAGAUUAAUAUAGUCAGAAGGAAUCUUUUGGAUCUAAGUGCAGAAGAAAGGAAUCGUUUUGUGAAUGCCUUGCACCAAGCCAAGGUGACAAUCCACCCUGACAUUGUCAUUGCCACACGAAGACGUGAAGAAAUAUUUGGACCAGAUGGCAACACACCACAGUUCGAGAAUAUCUCCAUUUAUAACUACUUUGUGUGGUCUCAUUAUUAUUCUGUCAGGAAAACUUUCCUUGGUGCAGGGCAGCAGAGUUUUGGAGGAGUUGAUUUCUCUCAUGAGGGACCAGCUUUUGUCACAUGGCAUAGGUACCACCUAUUGCAGCUUGAAAGAGACAUGCAGAACAUGCUACAGGAUCCUAGUUUUGGACUGCCCUACUGGAACUUUGCAACAGGACAAAAUACUUGUGAUAUCUGUUCAGAUGACUUGAUGGGAGCUAGAAGCAAUUUUGAUGUCACUCUUAUCAGCCAAAACUCAAUCUUCUCUCAGUGGAGAGUGCUAUGUGAAAAUGUGGAAGACUAUGAAACUUUGGGAACCAUCUGUAACAGCACUGAGGGUGGUCCCAUCCGAAGAAAUCCUGCUGGAAAUGUCGCACGACCCAUGGUACAGCGUCUCCCAGAGCCUGAGGAUGUUGCCCAGUGUUUGGAAGUUGGUGUAUUUGACACUCCUCCUUUCUAUUCCAAUUCAACAGACAGUUUCCGUAACACAGUAGAAGGGUACAGUGAUCCUUCUGGAAAAUAUGAUCCAGCAGUUCGAAGUCUUCACAACUUGGCUCAUCUAUUUUUGAAUGGAACAGGAGGGCAAACUCAUUUGUCACCAAAUGAUCCCAUUUUUGUCCUCCUGCACACGUUUACAGAUGCUCUUUUUGAUGAGUGGCUGAGACGGCACUCUGCAGAUAUCUCAACAUAUCCACUGGAGAAUGCCCCUAUUGGACAUAACCGACAGUACAACAUGGUACCUUUCUGGCCUCCAGUUACCAACAAUGAAAUGUUUGUUACUGCACCAGAAAACCUGGGAUACAGUUAUGAAGUCGAGUGGCCAGGUCGGGCUCUCCGUGUCACAGAGAUGAUAACUAUAGCAAUAGUGACUGCACUGGUUCUUGUUGCAAUUAUCUUUGCUGCUGCUGCAUGUAUUGUACGCGUCAAGAAAAAUAAGGAUGAGUUACAUCAGCCUCUUCUUACUGACCAGUAUCAGCACUACUCAGAUGAUUAUGAUGGUGUACCAACACCAAGCCAGUCUGUUGUUUGAAAAGAUGUCACCUUUUUGCAUCUGACUGAAACUGUUUAUUUUUGCUGUAUUUCAUAAAUGAUGGUCAUCCAUCUGCUUUAAAAUAAAGAGCAUAAAC